GCUCCUCUGCCAGUACGGCAGGCGAGGGAAAAGGUGGUAGAAGAGGAACAUGGGUGAACAUGAGCCCGAACAAUCUUGGAGGAGGAGAUGCAUCUUCAAAACAGCGUAUAAAACCAAAAAAAAUCCUUGUAAUUCCUCCUGUGCAAAAAUUGUCCUCACGGGAAAGUAGUGAUCAAGGGGGUCAGGAAUGUACGUCUGGCACUCAGGCGCAGAGCGGUUGUCCGGAAGCAAGCUCUUCAGGCAACACUGACAUUCCAAAAGGACCUGGAGGGGACACGCGCAAGCAACUCUAUGGGGGUGGGAAAGUACUAGAAAGAGCAAAAAAUGCUGCAGCUAAAGGAACCGGAGAUCCCACUGAUGUUACG